GUGAAAGCUCUAAUUUCCGGAAGCCCUUGAACGUCGCGGGAGUCCUCCCAGUCAGAUCUGGCUGAACGUGACGCGCCGACUCGGAGCCGAGAGGUUUCCUGGCGGAGCUGCAGAGGGAGCGGGAGCCUGGCGGUUCUGUCUGUCUUCCCGAGACACCAAACCCGCUUUUCCCCUCUUUCUCUCUCGGUUUUGGGGACAGCCUCGCCGGUCAUGGCUCCAUCGCUGUCCUCCGUUCGCCUCUGAGGGACGCUGGAUGCUACAGUAACCGUGUUGGAGGGAAGCGGGAGAAGGGGGCAUCCCUUUUGAGUCCUCGACUACCAGGCUGACUCACUCCUGGAGCGCCUGAACUCAGAGGAGGUGUAGGAGAGCUGAAACAGGGAGGAGGGGGGAAGAGAAAGGGAUUGUGGGACAGGAGGACGGAGGGAGGCGCACAGCUCAGCAGGUGGAGCGGACGGAGGUGACGGAGCGGAGAGGUCGGCCGGUGGAGCCGUCAGACGACCGAGCGUCCUGCUGCCACGCCGCUGCCCCGUCACAGUCAGCACACUGGGAGAACUGGGAGAACCGGUGUUGAGGAGAAGCCACCAUGAGCGACCAGAACGUCGUCAAGGAAGGCUGGGUCCAGAAAAGAGGGGAGUACAUCAAGAACUGGCGGCCGCGCUACUUCCUCCUGAAGACAGACGGCUCCUUCAUCGGAUACAAGGACAAACCGCAGGACUCGGACUUGGCCUAUCCGCUCAACAACUUCUCUGUAGCGAAAUGUCAGCUGAUGAAGACGGAACGGCCCAAGCCCAACACCUUCAUCAUCCGCUGUCUGCAGUGGACCACCGUCAUCGAGAGGACUUUCCAUGUCGACACUCCCGAUGAGAGGGACGAGUGGGCCGAGGCGAUCCAGAUGGUAGCAGAGUCUCUGGCCAAGCAGGAGGAGGAGGGCAUCCUGUGCAGUCCCACCUCCCAAAUCGAGAACGUCAACGAGGAGGAGAUGGACACCUCCAUUAGUCACUACAAACGAAAGACAAUGAAUGACUUCGACUAUCUGAAGCUUCUGGGCAAAGGCACUUUUGGGAAAGUCAUUCUCGUGAGGGAGAAGGCCAGCGGCACCUACUACGCCAUGAAGAUCCUCAAGAAGGAAGUCAUUAUAGCCAAGGAUGAAGUUGCUCACACGCUCACAGAAAGUAGGGUAUUAAAAAACACUCGGCAUCCGUUCCUAACGUCUCUGAAGUACUCAUUCCAGACUAAGGACCGGCUGUGCUUUGUAAUGGAGUACGUCAACGGAGGAGAGCUUUUUUUUCACUUGUCCAGAGAACGAGUGUUCUCAGAAGAUCGGACCCGUUUCUACGGAGCUGAGAUCGUCUCUGCUUUAGACUACCUGCAUUCUGCCAAGAUCGUGUAUCGUGAUCUGAAGCUGGAGAACCUCAUGUUAGACAAAGACGGCCAUAUCAAGAUCACGGAUUUCGGCCUCUGUAAAGAAGGCAUCACGGAUACCGCCACCAUGAAGACGUUCUGUGGAACACCGGAGUACCUGGCUCCAGAGGUUCUGGAGGACAACGACUACGGCCGAGCGGUGGACUGGUGGGGGUUGGGCGUGGUCACGUAUGAGAUGAUGUGCGGCCGCCUGCCGUUCUACAACCAGGACCACGAGAAGCUGUUUGAGCUCAUCCUCAUGGAGGAGAUCAAGUUCCCGCGGACGCUGUCGGCCGACGCCAAAUCGCUGCUGUCAGGACUGCUCAUUAAGGACCCCAACAAACGGCUGGGCGGCGGACCGGAUGACGCUAAGGAGAUCAUGCGGCACAGUUUUUUCGGCACGAUCGACUGGCAGGACGUCUACGAUAAGAAGUUGGUUCCACCGUUCCAGCCGCAGGUCUCCUCCGAGACGGACACGCGCUACUUUGAUGAAGAGUUCACAGCACAGACCAUCACCAUCACUCCGCCAGAGAAAUAUGAUGAGGACGGGAUGGAUGCAGCAGACAACGAGCGACGGCCUCAUUUCCCACAAUUCUCCUACUCAGCCAGCGGGCGGGAGUGAGCGCCUCGACCCGGCCAGAACCCUCCCAUUUCGUGGCCAUUUUGAGGAAAACACGUAGCCAUUCUAGGAAAAAAAACAGAAAAAAACAAAACAGUCUCCCCUCUUUCUCCUCGCCUGCCUCCCUGCAGAUGAGGAGACGUCUUUUUAGGGACUUUAAAAGAGGUUUUUGCACAGUGGGAUUGACUCCAGCCGGUUUCCCCACACUAAAGAAAAAAAAAAAACAAACAAGAUAGAAAACGAAAAAAAAUGUCUCCUACAUUUCCAGCGCUCUUUACUGCAGAAGGCAAUGUUUUUAUUUAUUUGAUUUUUCUCUCUGUCAGUAUUUUGACCCAGGUCCAUGUUUUUUUUUUGUCGUUUUUGCCCGUUUUUAUUCUUCUUUUGACUUUUUGCACUUGGUUUGGAAGAGCCGAUUUAGGGAACAAAAAACCAAAAAUGUUGCCUUACGUGUGCAGAUGUUUCGUAUCAUACCAACAGGGUGUUUUUCUUUGUCUUUCUUUGUUUUUGGUGAGGGUGGGCGGGGUUUGGGGAUAUGAAGGGUCAGGAUAAGUGCAUGGUUUGGAAAAAAAAAAAAAAACUUUUUUUUAACAGAAAAAAAAAAGAAAUCCCUCACAGUUGCCAUGGCGGCGCACAUUUCCCAAUCCCAUGGCAACAGAAAUUGCUGUAAAAAAAAAAAAGGAUAGGUUUGUUUCAUUUCUAUCAGUUUUUCUUCAUAGCUCCUUUUAUUUUGAAACACUACCGGAAACGCACAGUUCACUCAGGCGCCGCAGAGCACAAACCGCUCCUCACAGCUGUAGAACGCAAACCGUACGUUUGUCACUACGCCGGACGUGACAAACAAACGCACGCCGCGGGUUCCGGUGUGCGUUCGCCAGCCGCUGUCCACACUGAGGCCAUGCUUCCUGGAGCUGAUCGUUUACUGCGUCACUUUGUUUGCGAAAAAUGCUUUUUGAUAUAUUUUCUGUCAAAUUAAUCUUCCUUUAAAGAUGUUGGAAAUGCUGCUUUUUUAUUUAUGUAUUUAUUCUCCUGAAAGGUUGAACAGAACCCAGUCUCCAAACACUGGAAUGAACUUGAGGACUGAGGGAGGGGGGGCGGACAUGGCCUCAGUGUCCACCGGCGUCAUGUUGGGAACAGACUCAGGAGCCCCGGUUUCAGUUCUGGUGAAGGCGUAGAGGAGGGGGCCAGAAGGGAAGGGUCUCGUUGCUGCUCCGACUCAGUCAGAGGAGCUCUCUGAAGUAUGUAAAGUUCUGAAUACUGUGAAUUCACUGGAGAGCGCUGCUGGUGUCCGUCCUGCCGAGGCCGGAUGCUUCCAGACCCGCCGUACCGCUCCCCACGUGAUGGAGACGAGCAUAUCACUGACUUGAGCCCUGAAGCUACAAAAACUGCAUGUUUUCAGGCGACACUACUAUCCACACACAAACCGACAAAUACUUCUUCUUUAAAUAGGAAAGAAAGUCUAGUUUAUCACACAGAUGCUAUCAGAAAAAGGCUUCCAGCUCCACGUACUGAGCUUUCGCCACAUCUAUCCUGUCAGUAUUACCAGAGAAUUUAUUUACUUGUUUUUCAAGUGUGAACAUUUUUUUUUUUUUUGAGUUUUUCAUCCUGUCACAAGAAAACUGAGCCGAGAAGACGAAGAACUGCCGCGGAAACUUGUCGAGUCACCGGAACUUUCUUUUUUGAUGUACAUAUGCAAUGCCUUUUUUUUUCUGUUUUUGUCGAUGGCGACGAGGCAAGCCUGCUGAAGACGAACCCUUUCAGAACUGCAUUCAAGAGGAGAAGAAGCUGUAAAAUACAAGAACUAGACCGUAACGCUUUUUCUUUCCCCACCUGCUGACUCGUUACGAUUCAUGGAGGAUGCUUCCCUGACCCCGCCUUCCUCCCUCCCGUCAGCGCGGCCCCACCCACCCGGGGCCACGGCUGACGUCCGUUUUGUUUUCUAGUACAUCAGGUUGUUCCACCAUUCCUUCCUUCCUUCCCAACUUUUUUUCAUUUUAUUUUUAUUUAUGUUUUGUCAUUCUCGGCAGUGAUCUCUUGUAUAUUGUAAAACAAAAAGAGGCACCUCUUGGAAGUUGCUGAAAAGAUGACGAUGGAUGCAUUAAAGUCUCUUAUUUUAUUUGUUUUUGGGAUCAUUUACUUGUUUGUUUUCUUACCAAAACAUUAGAGCAAGACCCCCUUAGUGGACUUGCGUUGCCGUGGUAGUAUUUAUUUUCAAUUAAAUUAAAAAGAAAAGCAUUUCA